UCAUUUUUCAUUUACUUGCAAAAUAUAUUUCUGGUUCAAACAAUAACACCGCUCCAUUUAGUUGCUAAUUCAUAAGUUUCUGCUAGAAAAAUAAUUGAACAAAAUGUCGCGUGGAAGUUCAGCUGGUUUUGAUCGUCAUAUCACUAUCUUUUCACCGGAAGGAAGACUGUACCAAGUCGAAUAUGCUUUCAAGUCCAUUAACCAGGAAGGUUUAACGUCUGUUGCGUUGAAGGGAACGAAUGUUGCUGUUGUGGCAACGCAAAAGAAAGUAUCCGAGAAAUUAAUCGAUGCGUCGACUGUGUCUCAUUUAUUCCGGAUCACAAAGAACAUUGGUUGCGUGAUGACCGGUAGAAUUGCCGAUAGUAAAUCUCAAGUUCAACGCGCUCGAUACGAGGCGGCCAAUUGGAGAUACAAAUUCGGCACCGACAUUCCCGUCGAUGUUUUGUGUCGUCGCAUCGCCGACAUCAAUCAAGUGUACACUCAGAAUGCUGAAAUGAGACCGUUGGGCUGUAGCAUGGUUCUCAUUGCGUAUGACGACGAUAAAGGUGCGUGUGUGUACAAAACCGAUCCAGCUGGAUAUUACUGUGGCUUCCGUGCUAUUUCCGUUGGUGUGAAACAAACCGAAGCGAACAGUUACUUGGAGAAGAAAUUGAAGAAGCGCUCCGAUUUCACCGAAGAUGAAGCUAUUCAAAUGGCUAUAUCCUGUUUGUCGACCGUGUUGGCCGUUGAUUUUAAACCGUCAGAAGUUGAAAUUGGAAUCGUUACCAAGGAAGAUCCGGCCUUCCGUAUAUUGAGCGAAGACGAUGUGGAAAACCAUCUAACAGCCAUAUCGGAGAAGGAGUAAGCGGGAACGUUCAGGGAAUUUCGUUUUCAUCCAAUUUUGUAUUUUUGUUUCGUGGAUCACGGCAUCUCAAUUUGAAUAAAAGGCGCAAUUGUAUUGCAAAAA